ACUGACUCCAUGAUCUUAAAGAAUGAGAAAUUUAGAAUCUUUCAAAGUCUCCUAUCGUUUUUCCGUGUCAAUUUCCCUAAUUCUAUAACUACACGAUACAGGACAAACUCCACAGUUUACAUUUCUAGGGUUCUUUCUCAUCUUCUACGUACAGUUCCUUCGUCAAAUACCAUCAUUUUCCAUUUAUCUUUUCUUCUAUUCACGUAUUUACAUAUAUACAAGAUUUAUCUGUGUAUUAUUAAUCGAUUAUGAGAUCAUUAGUUCGAGCCGCUAGACAAUUUAGGUCAACAUUUCUAUAUGAUUUGGCCUUUACAAAUUCUGGGUCCACCCUUAAAUUUUCUAACUAUGGAUUCCCCAAUGUUGUAUCAAGAACUCUGUAUACUAUUGAUAAAGAUGGAAAGAAAACAGGGCCAUUUCUUGAGUAUGAAAAUAGAAUUGCUGCUGGAAAACUCACGGAUGGUGAUGCUUGUCAAGAAUAGGUGGCUGUCUCGAUUUUUCCCACAUUAUUCAUAUUCACCGGUGAGGGGAUUAUAUCUCUAUGGCGGUGUGGGAACAGGGAAAACAAUGCUAAUGGACUUAUUUUUUGAUCAACUGCCAAUCAAUUGGAGGAAGAAACGAAUCCAUUUUCACGAUUUCAUGUUGAAUGUUCAUAGCCGCCUGCAUAAGCACAAUGGUGUGGAAGAUCCUCUUGAAGAAGUUGCUCGCGAAAUCUCCAACGAAUCUAUUCUCUUGUGCCUCGACGAGUUCAUGGUGACUAAUAUUGGUGAUGCGUAUAUAUUAAACCGCCUGUAUAAACAUUUAUUUAGCAACGGUGUGAUCCUUGUUGCUACUUCAAACAGAGCUCCAGAUAAUCUCUAUAAAGGUGGAUUAAACAGAGAUAUUUUUCAACCAUUCAUCUCUACUUUGAAGGAAAGAUGCGUGGUUCACGAAAUUGGCUCGUCUGUGGACUACAGGAAAAUGACUUCGGCGCUACAAGGUUUAUACUUCGUCGGGAAAGAUUUAUCAGGACUUUUAUUUCAAAAGUUUGAGGAGCUAAUUGAUAAACAUGCCCCUACUAUGCAACAGAUUGAAGUUGUUAUGGGAAGGAAAUUGCAGGUUCCUUUUGGUGCCAACGGUUGUGCAUAUUUUCGCUUCGAAGAUCUAUGCGACAGACCUCGUAGUGCAGCCGACUAUUUUGGACUCUUCAAGAGUUUUCAUACUUUGGUUCUGGAUGGUGUUCCAAUUUUCGCACUACAUAACAGACCAGCAGCAUACCGGUUUGUCCUUCUUGUCGAUGUGAUGUACGAAAGAAAGGCCAGACUAGUGUGCACAGCUGAAGGAAUUCCGAAUGAUCUUUUCGAGAGGAUUGUAACAAUCAUCGAUGCCAAACAAAUGGCUUUCGGGAUUGGUUCUAGAUUGAGUAUGAAUGAUGACUUGGAACUUUGUGUCGACAAUCAGCUGGCGUUUGAGAAAGAACGUACCAUCAGCCGCCUAACAGAGAUGAACAGCCGAGAGUAUUUGGAUCAACAUGCUGUCCUAAUAUCGGAGAGGAAGCAGCUUUAGCACGAUGAUGACAAAUUUCAGAAAAUAUAAAAGUACUAUGUUGC